AGCACGUAACAACACGCCUCAUCGGUGUUGGACAUGAAAAAACUGAAAAAUAUCACACUCAGUAUGUCGAUUGCAGUCAUGGUGCACUAUAUGGCCGAGAUGUUUUUUAAAAAGGCCAUAUGCAGCGAUGACGAUUUGCACGGUCGUGACGCAAUGCGUAUGGUGUUUUUUACCUACGGCGAGUUGGCCAUCACACUGUUCUUCGCCGUGUCGACGUACCUGUCGAUCGUCCACUCGACGGAAGAUCUAUCCGUUCGCCUGUACGGCGUCCUGUGCUUGAUAAUUCAACUCCUCGUCUUCGCUUUCUUAUCCUUUAGGUCGUACCAUCGGUCACAUUUCCGCGACAUGUACCAGCGUUCGCGGGGGAUGGAAAUAUCGGAAAACUCGAAUCGGAAAAUCGCUGCAGUGAUCAAACACCACUUGAUCAUGCCAAACGUGUUUGUGGUGAUUUCCGCGCUGUACACGAUUUCCUCCGAUAGAGUGCACAUUGGUGAUCCGUUCACGUUCCCUUUCAUGGACGUGUUGCCGAUAGAAACGACGUCCGUGGCCGUUUACGUGUGCAAAUACGUUGUAUAUGCUUUGCCCGUGUACUUAACACAAAUCGAAGUCUGUUUCUUGCACGUGACGUACAUGUAUUCCACGAGCAUUAUGAAGAGUCAUUUUCAGAUUCUCGAAAAACAGGUCGAAGAAGCGAUGGUAAACAAGGAUGAACAUAAAUUAAAGAUCGCGAUCAAACACCAUCAAGAGUUGUUGAAGUUUUUCAAAGAAAUGAAGACAGUAUAUGAGAAACCAAUAUUUUUGAUAAUAGUAUCGUGUGGAUUAUACAUUGGUUUGACCAGCAGUUUAAUAAUUCAAGUCAUACAGGGCUUUAUUCAUCAAAUAUUAUUGGGAAUAUGUAUAGUUAGUAGUUUGGAAUGUGCCUUAACAAUUAUAAUUUAUUGCGUUUAUGCAAUUAAUUUGUACGAUUUACAUGAUAGAAUAUUGAACGCACUUUUUCAACAUCAAUUAUUGUAUUCUCAAAAUAAAUCAUUUAAACAACUUAUUUUAAUAAUGAUGACCAGAGCAACAAUACCAUUAGAAUUUAAAGCUGGUUCCAUUUUUACCGUUAACAUGAAUCUUCUUGUCAGAAUCCUAAAAUUUGCAUAUACGGUGUUUAAUGUUUUAAUAACUUCAAUCAAUCCAACUUAUAAAAACUGCAGUAUGAAAAUAAAGUAUAUAAUAGUAUCUAUGCAAGUGAUUACCAAAAAAAUUUAUUUUUGAACCAAAUAUUUUUUCAAUGUUUUUAUUUUAUAUUCAUCUACUAAAUGGAAAUUGUAUUUAUUUUUUUAUUUAUUUACCAUUAUCCUUUAAUAAAAUUUCAGCACCAAUGCUGUAGAUAUUAACAUUUUGUUUUUUAUGUAUAAGGUUAAUUAUAUUUGUGGUUACCAAAUAUUUUGAAUGGCCAUAAGCCCCCACGAUUCUGUAUAAAUAAAAUAUUAUUUAGGUUGUGUAACAGAAUUGUUCUCGUCUUGCAAGAAAAAAAGUUUGCACCACCACUGUAAAGUAAGAGUUGAUCAGUCUAUA